AUGUCUGCCUCUCUCCCUGGUUCUCGUGACCCCCCUGUCUCUCAAUAUGAUCUGAAGUCCUACUGGGGCCGUGUCCGCCAUGCUGCUGACAUCUCCGAUCCUCGGACGCUGCUCGUCUCGCCCGCGGGCCUGGAUCAGGCGAAGGCUUUGAUUGCUUCGUAUAAGCAGAAUAAGAUUCCCACUAUGACCCCGGAAUUGUGGAAGGCGAAGAAGGUGGUCGACUCGACGCUGCACCCUGAUACCGGUGAACCGGUCAUGCUACCCUUCCGCAUGUCCGCCUACGUCCUGACGAAUUUGGUCGUUACGGCGGGCAUGCUCACCCCGGGCCUAGGAACAACUGGCACCCUCCUCUGGCAAAUUGGUAACCAAUCCCUCAACGUCGCCAUCAACAAUGCCAACGCCAACAAAUCCACCCCGCUCUCCACCUCCCAAAUCGCCAAAUCCUACCUCAUGGCCGUCUCCGCCUCCUGCUCCGUCGCCCUGGGUCUAAACGCCCUCGUGCCCCGCCUGAAGAGCAUCUCCCCAAACACCCGCCUAAUUCUCUCUCGCCUCGUCCCCUUCGCCGCCGUCGCCAGCGCCUCCGCGCUAAACGUCUUCCUCAUGCGCGGCGAGGAAAUUCGCCGCGGCAUCGACGUCUACCCCGUCCUCUCGGACAAAGACCGCGCCAAGCGCGAAGCUCUCGGCGACGACGCAGAGCCCCUCCAAAGUCUGGGCAAGAGCAAAAAGGCCGCUACCCUCGCUGUCGGCGAGACUGCUAUCUCGCGUGUCCUGAACGCCACCCCCAUCAUGGUCCUGCCCCCUCUUAUCCUGGUGCGUCUCGAGAAGACGGCCUGGCUGCGCGCGAACCCACGCAUGACUCUGCCCGUGAAUCUGGGAUUGGUUCUGACGACUUCGCUGUUUGCGUUGCCGUUGGCGUUGGCGGCGUUCCCGCAGCGUCAGGCUAUUAGUGCGGCUUCGUUGGAGGAGGAGUUCCAUGGUCGUGGUGGGUAUGAGGGGAUGGUUGAGUUUAAUCGGGGUAUGUAA